UUUUGGUUGUUGUAUUUAAUCAUAACAAAUAAGAUAAGAUAAAUAUAAAUAUGGCCAUAAUGAAGGUGGUGUUGUACAUUUUUUUUCUUUUUCAAUGUUAGGAACCCAAAGGGGGAAAGAUGCAUGCUAGAUUUGAUCUGUGUGACGAGUUUUUGAAGAGCACUUGAUAAGUCAAAACAAUUCUGUUAGCCAAUUUCUUCUUCUUUUGCCCCAACAAUGAAUAACAGUUCUCAUCCUUCUGUUUUUUAACCUCCACAAAAGCAAAGCUAACCGAGGUUUUAGGUCAAAAGAAUUUCACAAAUUCCAUUUUACAAAAUGUGGACAAAGAAGAAGAGAAGAUCAUUAUGCCAAAGUUAUACCCAAACUCCGUCCUGUUUACCAAGUGGGGCGAUGGCCUGACAGAACAAGAGCAGAAGGAAGCUGAAGGUCUGUUUCAGAUUUAUGGAUACAAUGCUUUCCUGAGUAACCAGCUGCCACUUGACAGGAAGCUUCAAGACACAAGAGACAGCAGAUGUCUGGCAAAGAAAUAUGCCAAAGAUCUGCCGAGCAUCAGUGUGAUACUCAUCUACAUAAAUGAGGCCCUGUCUGUCAUUAAGAGAGCAAUACAAAGUAUAAUCACCCACACUCCAAAGAAGCUGCUGAAAGAAAUCAUUCUGGUGGAUGACUACAGCAAUUACAAUGACCUUGGAAAACCCUUACAAGACUACAUAGAUCAAAUUAACAAAGAGAUGCCCGGAUUAUUGAAGAAAGUGAGACAUACGCAACAAAUGGGCUUAUCACAGUCCCGGAUAUCCGGAUGGGAGCAUGCCACAGCUGACGUUGUGGCCAUUUUAGAUGCCCAUAUUGAAGCCACAGAAGGAUGGGCAGAACCUUUGCUGGACAGGAUCAAAGCUGACAGGACUGUUGUAGUGUCCCCUGUCUUUGAUAAGGUCCAUUUUGAUGACCUACACGUGGAAAGAUAUAUCCCAUUUUCUCAUGGCUUUGACUGGGCAAUGUGGUGCACAUACGAGCCCUUUAGCUCUGAGUGGGUAAAGAAGAUGGAUGAAUCACAACCGGGGAAGAGUCCCUCUGUUAUGGGAAUCUUUGCAGCAGACAGAGCUUUUCUUGGAGAAAUUGGUGGGCUGGAUGGUGGGAUGACAGUUUAUGGUGGGGAAAAUGUUGAACUUGGAAUUCGUGUUUGGUUGUGCGGAGGAAGUAUAGAGGUUGUGCCCUGUUCGAGGAUAGCCCACAUCGAGAGGGCCCAUAAACCAUAUGCACCUGAUCUCAGCCCUGCCAUGAGAAGAAAUGCUCUAAGGGUGGCAGAUAUCUGGUUAGAUGAAUACAAGAAAAAUGUAUUUAUCGCGUGGAACAUCCCACUGGAG